GCCGGACACCGAAAAAGAAGCGGGGGCUUUCUCGUCGGACCGAUGGAAAACUCAAAAUCCCACGAUACCCCGGAGGCUGAAGAAAGGAGACCGAUAAGAAGAGAUGAAAGUGUGGAGAAAUGAAAAACCACGCGAGAUACGGUCUCCUAUGAUAAUCAUUAUUUAAUCUGCAGACUAAAAGGGUUUCUCUUACCCCGACAUCCACUAUUCUCAUCUGGUUCACCCUGUCACCCCAAUCACUCCAACUUCAUCAUCCCAUCUUCUCCUUAUCCCCCGGCAAUGGUCCGGGGCAAAGGCAUCGUUCGUCGGUCGCAAGACCGCUCCAACGGGCGAUCUCCAGUCGCAUGCAACCGAUGUCGCUCCCGAAAGACCCGCUGUGCCGGAAACCCACCGCAUCCCUGUGCAGCUUGUGUCGACGUGGGGGAGACGUGUGUAUAUUCCGAGGCCGAAAAGCGCGUCUCGAUUACGGAGAGAGAAUAUCGCCAAUUGAAAUCACAGUCUCGCACACACUCGGUGCACUCGUAUGCGCAAUCACAAUCGCAGUCACCAUUCCGAGCGGGACGAGGCUCAUCGGUUGCAGAAAGCGAUUGGCAUAGCUCUCCGAGUGGGCCAUCGAGUGUGCCCUCUACAGCGGCCCGUUACUCGGAAAGCGAGGUCCCCCUCGACCGGGAUGACUGGUGGUACAAGGGAGUCGAUAAUCUGUUACUGAACCUAUCAGGAGAGCAUCACUUCGUGGGUCCAUCCUCUGCCACCAAUUUGGCCAAGCGCCUAAAUCCCGGCUCGACCAAUCUGGCCUGGAAUGUCCGCCCUCUCUAUGAUGAUCCUACGGCUCUCCGGCGACCAAUCGCCCGUUCCUUGCCUCAAUUACCAACCUUUGAAUUUGCGAAACGGCUCUUCUGGGUUCAAUACGCCUACAUUGGUACGAUCUUCUCUCUCAUCCAUCCCCGGCAAUUCGAAGAGCGGCUGGAGAUGGUCUAUCUUCAGUCCCCAGACUUUUCCGAUCGUGAGAGUUGUCUCACCUACUGCCAAGUGCUCCUAGUCAUGGCCUUUGGGCUCUUGUAUUCAGUCAACCAGUGGUCGGGAGAUGAGGGACCACCGGGUUUCAAAUAUUUCAAGUAUGCGCUACGAUUCUUGCCAGAUAUCCACGAAGAAGGCUCGAUCUUCUUUGUCGAAGUACUGUGCUACGUGGCAUACUACAUGCAGAACCUUAAUAGACGGGAUGCUGCCUUUAUCUAUAUUGGCCUCGCUUUACGAAUGGCCAUUUCUCUGGGACUUCAUCAAGAGGUUUCGGAUCCAGGGAUUAGCGAGACAGAUCGGAACCGCCGCCGCAGGGCUUGGUGGUCCGUAUAUAGUCUCGACCGGGUUCUAUCAGUCAAAUCUGGUAAUCCAAUUACGAUUCAGGAUGAAGAUAUUGGUAUCACCUGGCCGGCUGCACUUGAUGGGUCAACGUCAGACCCAUGGCCGUCAAUUGUCUUGACUUAUUACACACAGCUCUCUCGUAUCUUGGGAAGAAUUGGCGAGGAGAUUUAUCGAAAAAAGCCCCGCACAGGUUCUAACCUGAUCCUGUCCGUACAGAGUAUCACCAAUAAUCUUGCGAGCUGGCUCCGCUCAAUUCCCGACGGUCUUCGCAUUGAUUUUACCACACUAGACACACACGUCAACCGUGAGACUGUCUCGAUCAACUUGCACUUUUACUCGUGUGUGAACAUGACCGCACGUCCCCUUGUAUUCUACAUCGUUCAGAGACGUCUUGACGCAGUUGCAUUGGGAACUUCUGCUGGAGACUGGAAAGAAGGACUGGCUCCUAAUACCGUUGCGGUUAUUGACAGCUGUAUCACUGCUGCCCGAGCCACGACGAUGAUUAUGGACGCCGCCGCCAAACACAAUCUCAUAGCUACAUACGGCUAUCUUGACGGCGACUACAUCUUCUCCGCAGCCCUUCUGCUUGUCAUGGUCAACGCGGCAUUUCCACACAACGAAGCCAAUAUGCGGUCGAUGGAGACAGCCCUCAGUCUUCUUCGUAGCAUGGCCGAUAGAGGUAAUACCUAUUUAGCUUCUGGACAUACCCUACUUCUGGAGCUACGCGCAGCCAUCGAUCCGAAGCCUGCCCCCGCCGACGUUGAGCAGCCGAGCCCGUGCCCAAAUGUCCCGGAUACACCCACGGGUGACCGUCCGACAAGUCCUGGAAUCGAAGCACCCCUGCCCAAUCCCCCAACAUUGCUUGUUGAUGACUGGUUGCACCCUCCUGCUUUUCCCUCGCUAGAAGAUAUUUCCUUCCAGAUUGAUAUUGAUGAUGACCCAGCAUUGUGGGAGGGUGCAUUGAACCAGAUUGAUAUUGACAUGGAUACGGACUGGAUCGAGAAUACACUGAGACGAUAGCGCA